AUGCCUUCUAUACCAAUCAACUCUAGUAUUCUCUUUGUUGGCCAGGUUCCACGUGAAUGGGACGAGGAGACUGUCAAGUCGGUUGUUUGUGGGUCAGGAAAAAUUGUAGACGUGAGAUUAGGAUCCGAUGGCGAUGGUAAAAAUAAGGGAUACUGCUUUGUUGAAUAUCAAUCCACCCAGGAAGCCCGGAAUGCAGCACCCUUGUUGGGCUCGAUUUCCAUAUAUGACAAUGGGAAAAUUAGACACCUCAAGAUAGAGGGAUCGAAAGAGGCGUUCAAGGGGAGUGGCGUAUCUCCCGAACCAAGAAGAAUUCUUGCGCUAAGAAGAAACAAGUUACCAAGAAACGUCCAACUACCUUCAGCAAUGACAGGGGGAGGAAGCCCCUUUAUGGGAAGAGCAAACUCUCCAAUACCAAAUCAAGGAAUGCCAGUACCAACUGCAUCCAGUUUCAACCCAAACAUACCCGUUAACGGACCAACUGAAACUGUACCCAUGAAGUUUACCCAAGCCACCAAGACAUUUCCAUAUGCGCCUACCCUUCCAUUUGCGACUCCUGACAACAUAAAUGCUACGCUAAGUAAGAUCCAACCCGCGCAGUUGGUUGAAACCCUCGCCGCUAUGAAAAACCUUUUACAAGCUGACCCAUCGAAAGCACAAAACCUAUCUCAAAUGGACCCAGACUUUGCCGUGUGCGCAGCCCAAGUGUUGUUGUUGAUGGGGUUUGUUGAUAACGAGGUUCUCACCUCCAUGUCCACACCGUCUGCAUCAUCUACACCGCAACCCAGCUCUCAACCGUUGUAUCUGCAGCCACAAACUCAGCUAGGAAUUCCAACUAAUGGAAAUUCUCCAUACAUGGCGCAACUGCAGAUGACGGGAGGAGCUGCUGCUGCUGCUGCUGCUGCUGCUGCUGCGUGGCCGAAGUUGCCUAUAGAGACGCAAAAUGCGUUGCGGAAUAUGGAUGCUGAGACGGCGAAGAAAGCGCUUGAGUUCAUAAACAUGUCUGAAGAAUAUUUUAGGAGCUUAUCAUACCACGAAAAGACCCAGAUUAAUCAGUUUAGGCAAUCGUUGGGAGUACAUACGUAUCCUGUGUAG